AUGCUCGAUGUGUUGGCGUUCAAGAAGUUAUCACCGGCGUUGCGGCUGUGUAUCCAGAUCACGCGGUUGAUAUUGAGCAUUAAAGAGCCAGAACUAACCGAUGAGACGUUCCGAGUCCACUUGCUAGAUCGUCCUGAUGAAGUCAUUGCACAAUUCAAAACUCUCGUGCCAGAGGAUAUAUCGGAAUGGACUCACGAACAGCUUUGCAACUUGAUGGACGACGCCGACUAUGAUCCAGCGGUGGCGGCGCGCGAAAGCGAGUCCGGUCUCUUCUUGGAUCUCCACGCUACACUCACUGAGCUCCGCAGUAGACUGGAAGAAGAGCAUCUUGACAACAAAUGCCUGUCUCCAACUGCAAAGUUCAUGGUCGGAGUUGAUGGCAGCCGCCAAGCUUAUGUUGCUUUUGAGCUGGCGGCGCGGCUACGACGGCAAGGGCAACUUGUGAUCGUUAACGUAGACGAAGAGCUGGCAGCUAGUCGCCAACUUCCGCAGAUUUCCGGUGAAUUCAUCGCUGAAGAGUAUAAGGCUCAUUGUGCGCGGCUACAACUACCUACCAAUCGCGUCACGAUCACCUGUGACGAGUGCAAAACCAAGAGAUCAGUCGCCCACCAACUUAUGCUGAUCGCGGAGAGAGAGCAGGUCGAUUUCCUCGUUUUAGGAGCCCAUGGCAAAGGGGGCCCAGCAAUAGACCAAGUCCAUCACGUUCCACGGGAAGUAUUACGUUGUGUCUCCUCGAUCCCAACAAUAAUCGUGCCUCCGGCCCCAGUGAACUCGGUGGUCAGUAAGCAGUACGUGUUCGUAGUUGCCGUUGACAAGUCAGCUGUUGCAGGUCGCUGCAUCAAUGCUGUCCUCAAGCUGAUGCGACCAGUGGAUAUUCUCCGCGUUGUUCAUUUCUACGAGAAGCAGAUCACCGACGAGUACGACGCUGAACCUUUCGAAAGGUACCGACAUAUCAUUGCGGGAGCUCAGAUUGACGGUCUGGUGGACAUCCAGCCUGUUGAGCGCACUAGUACCAUCGCGGAGAGCUUGCAGGACUACCUUUCAACGCACGAAGCAGCUUACUUGGUACUUGGUUUGAAUGGCGAAGGUACCGAAAAGAAAGUCCAAUCCAGUAAAAAUGAAGACCCUGAAGCAGAGGAAGGCGUUACUGGCGAACAAGGCAACCAUUUUGGUCGACUGGCGUCCGCAAUGCUCUUCUCACCCCGCUGCACUCUUUGCCUCUGUCCGUAGCACUUCAACCUACCUACGUACGACACACCAAAUAAUCCGAAUAAUAGCCUGCAAUUCCCUCG